AUGAACUCACCAAAGCUUUUUGAUACUCCCAUCUUAUGGCCAACUGUCUUUUCUUGGGGAACUUGUGUUUUAACACUUGCAAAGUGGCUACAAGGGAGAUAUCCCUGGGCUGUUGAGGAACUUUUCGACAAAUACGAUUCCGAUGUUGUUCGCGUUGGACCCAACGAGAUUGCAUUCAGGUCCCCAGAGGCCCAGCACGAUAUCUACAUGGCCACGGUUCGUAACCGCGAGACAUUUGUCAAAACGGAAUUCCAAGAUCUUGGAGGGGACGAACCGGGUGUCACAGCCGAACGAGACCCAGAAAAACAUCGAAAUGUGGCCAAGCAGCUUACACCCGCAUUCUCCCCCAGAGCAUUGCACGCACAAGAAGUUCACGUACACCGCUAUGUAGACCUGCUCAUUGAUCAGCUGGACAAGCACGGCGGCACCAGCGCGGCUGGAGUUGAUAUGAGAGAGUGGUUUGACUGGCUUGUUCUCGAUAUCGCCGGAUAUAUGGCUUGGUGCUAUGAAUUCAACAAUUUGAAAAAUGCUCAAACUUGCGUCUAUUUGCGUGAGUCAAUUCAAAUUGGACUCUUUGGAACCAUACGACAAGUUUUGAAAAAAUUUCCACUUCUCUUCCCAUUGGCGCCUUUUUUCAUCCCGACAUCAGUCACAAGAACAAUUCCCACCUGGAUCCAAUUUAACCGCAAGAUCGUCGAUGAACGACUGUCGAAACGAAAAGAACUCCAAGGAAAAGACUAUUUCUCAUGGCUUUUGAAAGAUGACUCGAAAAUUCCUUCAGAAGAGUGGCUGGUGGCACAGUCCAACGUCCUCCUUGCUGCUGGAUUUGACCCCCUUACUAAUAUUCUCACAUCAGCGGUUUACUUCCUUUGUAAAACUCCGCGCGCUCUUGAACGACUUUCUGACGAGAUCAGCGGCAGUUUCUCCACUUAUGAGGAAAUCAAAGCUGAGAAACUUCAGAAUGCGAAGUAUCUUCAGGCUGUCAUCGAUGAGUCUAUGCGACUACACACUAAUGCUGCAUUUGGGCUGCCGAGAUACAGUCCAGGGGCCGUUGUUGACGGGGAUUAUAUUCCAAAAGGGGUAAUCGUUCAGAACGCCUCUUUCGCUGCAACGCACUGCGAAAAGUAUUUUCUGAAAUCAAGAGAAUUCUGGCCCGAGCGUUUUCUGGGCCCGAAUGACACUUGGUAUGAGGAAAGGUUCGCUCUAUAUGACAACAAAAAAGCUUUCAAACCGUUUUCGCUGGGACCGCGGGCUUGUCCGGGUCGAGAGAUCGGCAUGAUGCAAGCCCGCAUUGCCUUGGCGAAGCUUAUUUGGACCUAUGAAAUGGAGCUUGUCAACCAUCAGGUUGAUUGGGAAAGGGACUCCAAGUUGUUUCUCAUUUGGGACAGGCCGGAAUAA